CUUGCAAACUUUUUCUUCUUUCUAUAUAAGCAAAGAUCCACCCGAUUAGGGUUGCAGCUAUCUUUCUCGCAGCUCCUCUAGUGUAGCCACUUUCAGCGAGAGAGAGCUUGGGCGAAAAUGGUGAAGGGACGCCAAGGAGAGCGAGUCAGACUGUACGUGAGAGGGACCAUCCUCGGAUACAAGAGGUCCAAGUCAAACCAGUUCCCAAACACAUCAUUAAUCCAGAUUGAAGGAGUGAAUACCAAGGAAGAGGUUGCCUGGUAUGCUGGAAAGCGCAUGGCUUAUAUCUACAAGGCCAAGGUAAAGAAGAAUGGAUCACACUAUCGCUGCAUUUGGGGCAAGGUCACCAGGCCUCAUGGUAACAGUGGUGUCGUACGAGCCAAGUUCAAGUCAAAUCUGCCUCCAAUAUCAAUGGGAGCUAGGGUUAGAGUCUUCAUGUACCCCAGUAACAUAUAAGUGUCACAAGAUUGCAGAUUUGGUUCAUUGCUGAUGGAGCAAUCUAUGUGUUGCUUGUUUUAUAAGCUAAGUUUAAACUAGUUAUGUGGUUUUCAGUUUUGAGUGAGUUAUUAUUGCAUGUUUACAAUGCUGGAUGAACAUAACUUUGCCUCCUUAUUAAUCUGAGUCAGGAUUUUUUUACA